CCUCGUCUGAUGUGGCGCUGGGACGGCGCAGGAUGCUGGUGCGCGGGGCACUGCGGCUACCCGCGACCCCCGGAACCCAAGCGCAGAUAUUGACAGUGUCUCAUCUGCCUUGUCACCCUCCUGAGUUCUACUCUUUCAAGCCUAAGUUCCAGAGGCCACCAUCUCCACCCUGGCUGCUUUGAUGAGGUCUCCGCAGAUCUCUGUGCCCAGCGUGACCCUUCUUGCUUGGUGCAUGAAGCUGUAUGGAAACCCAAAAUAUCCUCAGUCACACCUCUCCAGCACCAUGGUGCCCCCAGAUGAAGUAACAGUUAUUUAUAGACAUGGCCUUCCCUUGAUAACACUCACUUUGCCAUCCAGAAAAGAGCGCUGUCGAUUUGUAGUCAAACCAAUGUUGUCCACAGUUGGGUCUUUCCUUCAGGACCUGCGCCAUGAAGAUAAAGGUGUCAAAAUCGCCACCAUCCUCACAGCAGACAGCAGUGAGGUUCCAGCUUCGACCUUGAUGGAUGUUUUGCUCAUGAAAGAUUUUAAACUUGUCAUUAAUGAAAUAGCCUAUGUUGUACAGUGUCCCGAGACAGAGAAGCCCAGCAGGGAGCGCACCACAGAGAUGGAACGGGUGCGCUCCUUGGUUCACAGGCUGUUUGCGGUCCUACACCUGCAGGAAUCAAAGAAGGAGACUGAGCACCGCUUGCUGGUGAGGAUUGACCACCUACAGGCACAGCUGCAGCCCCUGGAGCAGGUGAAAGCUAGAAUUGAGGCUCGGGCUGAAGCCAGCACCAGCAGGCUCCUGUGGGCUGGGCUGGCCCUGCUGUCCGCACAGGGGGGCGUGCUGGGCUGGCUCACCUGGUGGGUGUACUCCUGGGACCUCAUGGAGCCUGUCACCUGCUUCCUCACCUUCACAAACUCCAUGGUCUUCUUCGCAUACUUCAUAGUCACACAGCAGAACUGUACCUACCCCACUGCUAGGAGUAGGCAGUUUCUUCAUUUCUUCCACAAGAAGUCUCGGCAACAGCGCUUUGACGUGGAGCAGUACAACAAGUUAAAGGAGGAGCUGGGCAAGGCUGAAGAGGCCCUGAAGCGCGUACGCCGCUCCCUCUCCCUGGGGCUGCGAGUGGAGGACCUCAGUGAGGAGCAUUAGCUUCACACUUGCGGGCCUCGUCGGGUUUCUCCAUGUUCUGAUUUCGUCCUGUGCACACUGGACGUUACUGAGCCUCGUGGUUCAUUUCAGUCUCUUUCAGCCUUUUGUAGUUGUGAGAAACCACAGUCCUGUCUUUUCUAUCGAAGAAUACAAGCAGGAGCGCCUCCGGCUCAGACUGGUCCACCCUAACACACUGAAACUGUGGGAAAGGCCUGCUCAGUUUAAAUUCUGCGAACGUAGCCACAGAUCCAGAUAGCUUAGCAAUAGCAGGACCUUCUGUUCCCCUACCCUUGCCCUCCUGCUCUUCCUGCCCCUCAGCAGGCCUUCGGCUCUCCCCUGGCACCAAACUCGCCAUCCUCCAUGGACUGUAGCCUUUGAACUCAGCCAGUGAAUUUGAAGGACAGCUGCUUCCCCUUCGUGAGGGCUUAAAAGUCCAGGCUUGGCGUGACUGCUGCCUCCUGUCCUAGCGCACUUGCGCCCUUCUGCAGAAGUGAAUUUUAACUCGGCCUUGUCACGUUCUCUGGGUCACUGUCUGACUGCAUCCUUUCCAGCACUGACAGUUUGAGUGUGGGGGCUCACUUCCAGCAGUAGUUAAUAAAUUGGCAUAAAACAGACA